AGUCUGAUACUGGCACGAGUAACGAGUAGUAGGCAAAGAGACUUAGUAACUUGCUUCUGAAAAAAGUUGAACUGUCGACUACGAAGUGCUUGAAGAGUAUUCAAWUUAUCAAACAACCAAACUCAUCCGAGACACAAAUAGCACACGGUGGAUCAAACUCGAUCGAUUAGUAUUCCGCCGUAAUCGUAAGUGACCCUGCAGCGACGACAAGGCAAGAACAAGGUAGCAGUUUUUAUUUCUAAUCAUGGUCCUGACAGAUCGGCAACGAGAGGACCURCAUGCGGGGAUUUACGAAUACCUGGUCAAUCGUGGAGAAGCAUUCGAGGCUGCAGCAAAGGCGUUUGUAGAAGCRGACCCCAAGGCGUCGCAAAAGAAGACCAACAACGUCGGGAAGACGCCCCUCCUCGAGAAAAAGUGGACGGCCAUUCCUAGGUUGCAAAAGAAGGUUUUGGAGUUGGAGCGGGUCGUCGCACAGAGCGCAAAAAUCCACGCCCAUCGCACCGGAGGAGGAGACGAUGCCAAGGCAAAUGGUGGAGUUUCGAGACGCAUGCUGCCCCGGCUUCCCUGUAGUCAUACCCUCCAGGGUCAUUCCGCRGCGGUUACCUGCCUGAAGGUUCAUCCGGUCUUUACUGUAGUCGUCAGUGGAAGCGAAGAUGGAUCCGUCAAGGUGAGUGAGUUGGUUGGUUUUUGCAAUUUUGCUAUCAAUAAUUUGAGUUUUUGUCGAAUGCAAUUUAUUUCAUGAAUCUGAACAGAUACGUAUCUCACACUCUUAUGUUCAUGAUAGGUGUGGGACCAUGAAAGUGGGGAGUACAUGAGGAGCCUGAAGGGUCAUACCAACACUGUGAAUUCGCUUGCUUUCACUCCGACUGGAAAUUAUUUGGCAUCAUGUUCUAGUGAUUUGUCCAUCAAAUUAUGGGAUUUUUCUACCUAUAACUGUGUGCGAACGUUGCGGGGACACGAUCACACUAUUUCUUCCAUUGUUUUCCUUCCUCAACAAAAUAUCAUUCCGUCGGCUUCGGAAGAUUCAUCAACUGGCAUGGAUGUUGCCGCAGCAAACGCAAAACACUUGCUGAGCGCGAGCAGAGAUCACACCGUCAAAUUGUGGGACAUGGAAACUGGAUUUUGCGACCAUACCUUUACCGACCACACCGACUGGGUUCGGACGCUAGCCGUGAGAUCGCACGACGGAGCCAUCUGGGCAUCUGCGGGUAACGACCCUUUCAUAAACGUAUACGAUGCCAACGUCAACACUCGUCAAAAAUUGUGCGAAUUGCGAGGACACGACCACGUAAUAGAAUCGCUCUCCUUUGUCACGGAAGAAUCCUUUGGGAAGGACAGAGCUGGAAGCAACGCCAAACAUAAGGACACGGUUCGGGACUACCUUGCUAGUGGAAGCCGGGAUCGAACCGUUCGUCUUUGGUCGCUGGCCUCUGCUUCGUGCCUCGCUGUCUUUUCAGCMCACGAGAACUGGGUCAAGGCGGUUGUGAUCCACCCAUCGGGAAAUUACAUUAUCAGCGGUGGGGACGACCGAACGAUUCGCGUCUUUGAUAUUAAGGCCGAAAGAUGUUUACGCACGCUGGAAAAUGCACAUGGUCAUUUCGUAUCAUCGCUGGACAUGCACCACACACUGCCAAUCAUGGUAUCGGGAGGGAUCGACCAAUUGCUGAAAACAUGGGUCCUGGAUUAAAAGUAGCAAGAGCAUUCAGAACGACAGGAAAAUAGAAAUGGCMCGAGGACGCUUYACGUUUAUGUUCAUUUAUGCUGUGAUUCUCUUUUUGAAGCAUUUGUUGUUUGAAAUGCUACGUCGUAGAUUGCAAGCCUGGUCCGAAACUUCGAUAUCGAAUUCCAUCCGAUUGUAUUGUAUCAUUCUGAUGAACGACUUUCCAUAGUUAGUUUAUUCUACAACCUGACUGCUUCUUUAGAUCAUGCUUAACUUUCAACGGUUGACGAAUCUUUUAUUCUUUUGAUCGAGUCCAACAAGGUUUCAAUGAAAAUCCAUCUGAAACGUAGAAUUUCGACGGCUACGUGCGUUGAUGAAUUUAAUAUAUUAAUUAUCAUUAU